GCGAUGGAGGUAUUCCAAAAAGAUGAGAGCACAUCUUCUGGAUUCCUUGCGUCGCCCACAUCAUGGACCUCAUUCUCGAGGACAUCGGCGGGAUUGAUUGGGUGGCCUCCCGCAUCGCGCAAGCGAGGCUGGUUACACGGUUCUUCAAGCGCCAUGGACAUGCGAGAGAGGUUCUUGAGGCGCACUCGACGAAGACUCUUCUGCUACCGGCAAAGACGCGUUUCGGCACGAACGUUAUCAUGAUGGAGAGGCUGGUGGAACUGCGGACGACGUUGACAGAUGUUGUGGGCGACGAUCGCUGGCGUGAGACUGUUUGGUCGACCGGCAAGAUCCGCAAGAACGCCGCGGAGGUCACUGCGUGUAUCGGCUCCCCUCCAUGGUGGGAGGAUUUGAGAGCUCUGUGCAAGAUGCUCGAGCCCAUCAUGGACAUGCUGAAGUUGGUGGACAGCGACACACACCAAAUCAGCAAGAUUCUGCGACUGUACGAUGAGAUGAUUGCAUCUUGUUUAUCUGCAUGUCGUGACAUUGAUCGGGACCAGCAGGAGGCUAUUGUCGAGGUUUUCCACAGGCGGUGCACCAUGUUCAAGACCCCCGCCCACACGACAGCCAUGCUGCUAGAUCCAGAGUUCCGGGACCCGACGCUAUGUGACGAUGCGGAGGUGCAGCAGGCCUUGGUCGAGGCCCUGCAGCGGUUGCGACGUGGGGGCAGACGGGAUGACAGUAUUGCGUCUCGUGUGUGCAAACGUCGUGGCCACAUUGCGAUCGACAUGGGGGCACGUGUCAUGCGGCAGGACCCGGUUGUCGUGUCAGAGGACGAGAUGGGAGAUCCUUCCAACGAGACACGGCUUGACCAGGUUCACGCAGAGGCGCAAGCCUCGGUGACCGAUGCGAUGGUGACGGAGGAGGAUACUAGUUUCGGGAUCACUCAUCCACGGUCGCCUGCGCCGGUUGUUGGCACUGAGGAGGAGACGGACUUUGGAGGACACGGUACACUCCGCCAGGCGCAGACUCAGUGCACUACAACAGGCGGCCUAGUCCACUCCACAGGAGCGGGUUUGGAGGACGGCGAGGCACGACGUGAGCCGCCUCCUCACACGAGUGACGGCGUUCUAGAAGAUGAAGAGGUUGCACCUACUCCCACUUCUGGACAGGACGGGGAGGACGAACGUCCUCCGACGGUGGAGCAGGGGUUGGCGGAGGAGGUGGCACGAAACCGUCGUGGCGGACCGCCCGUCGCAGCGCAACGUAGUCUGGGAGGUUCACUAGAGGCAGCGUCUGGAGAUUUUGUGGCGCAGGGGGAUCAUGGUUCGCAUCAGUUGUCGGACGGCGUGUCAUCGGUCCGUCCACCGGACGAGGGCGAGCAACGAGAGCCACAUCGAGGCUCGACGGAGACUUUAGAGGCAAGGCAUCCCGGAGUUAUCUGCUCGGACGAGGGCGUGGCCCAUGAUACGGCACAGCCAGGGAGCGCAAACACUGCACGGUCCAUCGGGGAAGGCAUCGAGCACAUAGGGUCAUCGACCGCACACGACGUUGGAGGAGGCGGGGCGGGAGUGUGGGCGGCGCAGACGCUACACGAUGGACGGGGCGGGGUGGACGGAGGUGACAGAGUGGACGAAUCAGGACGAGGUGAGAAGAGACGAGGUGGCACAAUGAUCAUCCACGAUGACAGCUCCACAACCGCUGAGGGUGGUGAGACCACAGGCGAUGACGACCCUGAUGACUCCAAUUGCGUCCCGAGGAUCCGGACAGCGGACAAAGACGAUGGCGGAGGUCGUCGCGGUGUUGGGGUUGAGGCGCUACCCCUUUUAGGGUAGCGCAACAGGGUUCUGAACUUCUGAGGUUAUUUUAGUUGAACGAUGCUCUGAGUUCAAUAAACAGUGUUAAUACUG